GACAUAUUUCUGAAUUUGUUAUGUAAAAAGUGUCUAACGUAAUAAUGCUGUAAGAUAUUUAUGUAAAGAAUUUUUGCGAAAUUAUUUGAAAACACGAAAGACACGAUGGAGUUAUAACUGACCGAUGAGGAUGCGGACUACGAAACAAAAUUAUGGAUAUAUUAGAUGCAGUUUUUGUGUUUAAAAUGCACAUUCUUUUCCUUCUGACUCUAGCGUUCCGACUUACAGUGUCAUUUGCAAACAGACAUCCGCAGUUUAGAUCAUUCGACAGCACAAUACUCGUUUACGAAAAUGCCAAAGUCGGAUCUUCGUUGGUACAGUUCACGGUGUGGGACCCGGAAGCUGACAAGGUCACGGUGACCCUUCAAGGUCAAACCGCCAAUGCCGUCUUCCAUAUUAUGAUGCAUCCGCCCGAGACAGGCGUCUCCGCAAACCUGCAGAAGGGUGAACUACUUUUAAAGUCACCCUUAGAUAGAGAGAUUAUAUCCCAGUAUUCCUUAAUUGUCACUGCUACAGAUGGCAUCAACACAAUCAACAAGUACCCAAACGUAUAUGUCGGAGAUGUGAAUGACAACUAUCCAUUAUUUCAAGGCUUACCUUACCAAGUUACUAUAUCAGAGGACGCCCCACCUGGUACAACUGUACGGACUGUUGCAGCGAUUGAUAAGGACGAGGGUAUAUAUGGAACAAUCACAUAUAGGUUCGCCAAAGGAGAUGAGAGAUUCUAUGACGUCUUUGCGAUCAGCAAACUUUCUGGAGCUGUCGUUCUUUACGAAUCGCUUGACUAUGAAACGCAGCAUUCUCACCUGAUCGAGAUUCUGGCAGUGGAUGGGGGUGGUUUGCGGACAUCUACAUAUCUGCAUGUCAACGUCAAAGACGUCGAUGAAUUACCUCCUGUGUUUUCAUCUAAUACUUACAGAAUUCUUUUAAAAGAAGAGGAUAACUCCAUCGUGAAUGCAAGUUUCAAAGGGGAACCACCGAUAUUAGCGACGGAUGGAGAUUCAGGGAUCAACGCUCAACUCACAUAUGAAAUCGUUAACGGUAGUACCAUUGACAAUGUAACAUAUUUCCACAUAAACUCUACAACUGGCCAUAUCAUCCCAACGAGGACGCUAGACAGAGAAAAUAUUGACUUCUACAACUUGACAAUAAAGGCGUUCCAGACAAACCGUCCCAAUGACCGAGUGACCUACUCAACUGUGUUAAUAGUAGUUGAUGACGUGAACGAUCAUUACCCUGUCUUAGAGCAAAUGUUGUACAAUAUCAGUAUCAAAGAAAACACACCUGAAAGUAUUGAAGUACUUGUUAUCAAGGCGUUUGAUGGGGACUUGGGAAGCAAUGCCAAACUUCAAUUCAGCCUAAAUGAUUCCAGUGGUGCAUUUAAAAUAGACGAAGAGACAGGGCGGAUAGUGGUGAAAAACAGCAACGUUUUGGACUACGAAACAGUAAAAAAUCUGACACUUAUCGUCCAAGCUAAAGAGAAUCAGAGUGCAGAGUUGUUUGAGAGUGAGGAGGCGGUUAUUCUGGUGAAUAUUAUUGACCAAGAUGAAACUGAGGACAACUGGUAUUACGUUGUUAUUGUUGUCACGGCAUCUCUACUUGGAACUGCGUUGUUUGUGGUCGCCUUGACAAUCGUUUGUGCCGUCAUAACAACCAAGAACAAAGAAAAAAAUAAAAUACAUCCUAUCAACGAGGUACAAACAGCUCCAGCAACGGACCCCGAAGCACCUACCGUUACAGAUCCAAGUUCACAAACACCAGUUCAGACAUGAUGUUGAG